GUGCUUCAAGCACGAUUUUUUUGUCAGACAGAGUUUGGAGUCCUCUUGAGUUCUCCUCUCGAAGGCGUGAUUCUCGCUCGUAGCUUGCCGCUAUGAAGAAUGACGGAGGCGCUGUGACGGAUUUGAAGAACGAGCGCCAGGGAAGAACUUCGAUAAAGGCUAGUUAUACCAUUUACGUUGGUGCAGUCCUUUGCCUUGCUCUUGCAGUGGCAGUCGUACUCCUCUCAGUCUCGCUCUCUUCAUGCCACAAAUCUGCAAUGCGAGCUGAUUCGCGCUCUACUGUCUCGCACUCGCUCAAGAUUUUGAAGCAACCACUUGUGAUCCUGCUCUCUGCAGACGGUUUUAGAUGGGGUUACCAGUGGAAGGUUGCAACUCCCAACAUUGAUCGUUUGAAGAGAGAUGGAACCGAGGCCUAUCCUGGGAUGUUUCCAGUGUACCCGAGCAUUACAUUCCCGAACCACUACUCCAUCGCAACUGGUCUCUAUCCUGCUUGGCACGGUAUUAUCUUGAACUCCUUUCGAGACCCCACCGACGCCUCAAGGAAAACUUUCUUCAUGAAGAACGAUACAAAUCCAAAGUGGUGGCUCGGCGAGCCUAUGUGGGAAACAGUUGUCAACCAUGGCCUCAAAGCAGCAACUUACUUCUGGCCGGGUUCCGAGGUGGCCAAAGGCAAAUGGACGUGUCCUCCGGCUUACUGUCACCGCUACAACGAGUCCGUUCCUUUCGCCACCCGCAUCGAUACUGUCCUGAGCUGGGUGGAUUUACCGGAAGCACAGAGGCCGAGCUUGAUCGCGGUUUACAUCGAGGACCCCGAUGCGGAAGCUCACAUUGUCGGCCCGGACUCGCCAGAGAUCAGCGACGCCGUCACCAGAGUGGACGCCGUGCUUGGAAGGCUGCUCGACGGUCUCGAGCGGCGGAAGAUCCUCCAGGACGUGAACGUGAUCAUGGUGAGCGACCAUGGCUUCGUGGGGACGUGCGACACCAAGAUCAUCUCCCUGGACGAGCUCUCGGCCGCGGCCAACACCAAACUCCCGGCGGACUGGAUCGAGAGCGUCACCCCGGUGCUGGCGAUCCGGCCCCCGGCUCGCCUCGCCGCGAAGAAGCUCAAGAGCAUGGUGGCGGCGCUCAACGCUGCGCUUGCUUCCGGCAAAGUCGCGAAUGGGAAGUUCCUGAAGGUGUUCGUCCGGGAGGAGCUGCCACCGCGGCUGCACUACUCGGGCAGUGACAGGAUCUCGCCGAUCAUCGGGAUGGUGGCCGAGGGAUACAAGGUGGUGGUGAAGCGGCCGAGCGGGCCGGACUGCGGUGGCGCGCACGGCUACGACAACACUCUCGCGUCCAUGAGGGCGGUGUUCUUCGCGGCGGGACCGAGGUUCGCGAGAGGCAAACAGGUGGAAGCGUUCGUCAAUGUGGAGAUCUACAACGUGGUCACCCAGAUCUUGGGGAUCAAGGGAGUAGCGAACAAUGGGACCAGGAGCUUGACGAAGAAAAUAAUUCGCUAGAUCCAAAUGCAUAUUUUACAACGUUUUCUCCGCCACCUUUUGUCAUUUGCUAUAGUGAACCUUUAUUUUAACUCUUUUUAUUUCUAUUUAA